CUCUCAAUCCGAGUCUCUAGCGGGCGACUAACCUCCACCGGAGUAAACAGAUUGAGGCCUUAACAAACAAAACCUCCACUACCGGAGUGAAUCCGGUACAGAAUAGUGAGUUGGCUCCUCGACUAAAGUCACCAACUCCCUACCUUCAAUUAAGGGUGUUCUAUCAACCUAGGCAGAUAUUCUCAUUCUAGGUUAAAGCAGAAACAACAGGAAUUUGAUCAGGAUUCAAGUCAUUCAAUCAUUCAAACCUCAAUCGAAUAUAAUCAAAUCAUAGAAUCAGUAGUUGGGUUCAUACAAUCAAAGCCUAACAUACAAAUCUAGGGUUCUCCAUACCCAGAUGAAUGGGAGAACUACUCCAUGGAGAAAGAAGCAAAAGCAGAAUCAGACGCGGAAUUCAUACUGUGAAGGAUGGAUUCCUGCUCCUGGACGUUGGUCGGCACUUCUCCAAGCUCAAACUGGCCUCCAAUGGUGUUGAAGAUCAAGCUAGGGCACUUGGAGACUCUUGUUCGUCACUUUCUCUCUCUAGGAAUCGCCUAUCUUUCUCAAAACUCGAAUCCGCUUCUGUUUUGGCUGAAAUCUGCUUAAAAGGGCAUCAGUGGCCAAAGCACGGUCGAGGGCACGGCCGUGUAAUGCCUCAGCCCGCCCGUGCUUUGGCUAGGGUUAAUUACACGGCCAUUGUGUUGGGAGAAACACGGCCGUGCUUUUGGGAGGACACGGUCGUGCUUUGGGUGGACACGGCCAUGCUUUCAGCCCGUGUUUUGCAUCUUGAAUUUGCCAAACUCAAUUAGCUCUCGGCAGUAAAAGCACGGCCACAGAACACGGCCGUGUUCUUUUUUAGGUGUGCCCGUGUUUUGGCUCCAGCUUGACGAAAUGACUUCUGAAUGCCCCGAAACUGAUGCUUAGCCUUUCCUUUGACGCCUGGGACCUGAAAUAUGACAAAAUAGCGCAACCCGGCGUAAAAUAGGCCAAAAACACACGACUAUGCCCCUCAAACGGAUAAGAACUAGGGGCGCAAAUAUGUGCAAUUACAUCGUUAUCAAAUUCCCUCACACUUAACCGUUUGCUUGUCCCCAAGAAAACCUAACUCAAACCAAUGCAACUCUCCAGACCUCUAUAGCAACAAACAACCCAGAUCGUAGGUAGAGGACUUCCUAGAUCAUUUAGCAACUUACGAGGUCAACCGACGCACAAGUCAUCUCAUAGCUUCUUCAGCGAGAACACUAGUAUCGAGUCGGCAUCAUGGCAAAUAGUGAACAGAGGACAAAUGAAUCGUGGAUGAAGAGAUUCUCAAAAACAAAGGAUCAUGGACUCACAUUUUUCAAGGUGCUCUAUUUUCUUUGAAGAUGGUUGGAACCCCUUUUCUUUCUGUUUUGCUUGUUUUCUGUUAUUUUUUCUUUUCUUUUUUUUUUCAAGGGUCCCAACCUGCUUUUCAGAAAAUGGGGGCUCCCACCUAGCAGAGGUUUUGCAGGAGCCCGGCUCUUACCGGCCAUGCCAGGAGCGGAUGUCUCGAGCCUCGUGCGGGGGAAAGACAUGUAAGGGGGCUGGAGGUAGUAGGUGGAAAUUGGGAACGAAUUCCCGUCUCCCCUUACACACUUUCGCCCUAUUCGCACGGGAGACAUUAUUUUGAAACCCAUUUUCGAGCACCUGUUAAACUCAAAACAUGAUACAAGAGUCCAUGACAGGUAGAGAAUCCACAACACCACACAAUUCAAGGGUCCUAAGAUCACUAAUUCACUCAAUCAACCAACACAAUAUGAAGAAGAAAUGAGACUUCUUAAAUGCAUCAACAUCCUCCAUAGUGCUACACUACCUCCCUAGGUUGCAUAUUACUAUAAAGACUGUCAAUUCAAAGCAUACUGAGCAGGCAAUUGCAUGGAAACACGUACUUGGAGCCCUCAAAUUUAAAAAUUUGGACAGUGGACUAGGCUCCAAGCACACAAACAGAUCUAAUACAGUCAAAAGAUAAACAUCCCCCCACACUUAAGAUCGACAUUGCCCUCAAUGGAGAAGAGGGAAGGAAAAGGGGAACGAUGUUACCGGUAUACACGGGCUGCAGGAGACUGGAAGCGGACCAGUCGGAGUGAAGCGGACUGGAUAGAGAACCAGUCAAGACAAGUGUCGCAACCGCCCCUCGAGAUCGGGAUACCCGUCGCGAACCGCUCGGAGUCGCCAUCGACCUUAUUCGUAGUGGGUCGAACACUAAUUGGACCGAUCUCGACCUUAGCGUCGAAACCGAAAUUUGGUCUGCGAAAUUUAGUAAUUUGGGUUCAGGAGUACGGUUACGUGUGGGGAAGUGUAUUCACACCCCACAACGCCCCAAAUGGGUACUACUUAAAUCGAUAAGUUUUUUUAAAGGUUGGGUGUUUCAUUAUUUGCGGCUUUAUUGAUGUAUUUAAUUAUCAGAUUCAAUGAGGUAAAAUGUAAAGAAAGAGUUUUUUUUUAAUAGUUGGACUCGAACCUAUUGGUUGCCUACGUACCCGACUUAGUCGGGAUCAAAGUCCACGUAGUUUGUUUUAAAACAGGUGUGAAUUAUGAUGUGAUCUCAACACGUUCUAUUGAUCGUGAUUAAGAUAAUAAUUAUAAACUUUUAGAAAAUGAAUUUUGGUAAUUUAGUGGUUGGUGAUCGGAGGGAAUUUUAGCAUAUGACAAAAACACACAUGUUUUAUUGAUAUGUGGUUUCAUUAUUAGAUGAAUAAUUGAUACGACAUAAUAGGAGAUUAUGGAAUACGUGUUGGGAGGUAAGUGAUGUCUACUCCAUUUUAAAAAAUGAUGGUUCUAAUC